AUGGCACUAUUUGUCCAUCGGGAGACAUCAUAUUACUCGUUGGUCCUCAAAAAGAGGCGCUCAGAGUACAAUCUCACUGCCUUCGAAGCGCCUCCAAGGUCUUCGACGCCAUGUUUGGCCCACAUUGGCAAGAAGGUCGAGCUCGAUCUUUCCAGCGACAAUCCAAAGACAGUAGAACUUCCAGAAGACAACUUUCAAGCAAUGUUAUUCAUCUGUCGAGUCAUACACCACCGCAACGAGCUGGUGCCACGCGCCAUUGACCCUGCAGACUUGCUACAUGUAGCCACCGCGAUUGAUAAAUAUGGCAUGAGCGUCGCUCUCAAAUUUGCUCUCGCGCAAUGGCUUCAUGUUGAAGACAGCAUGGAUAUGACAUCAAUGGGAUAUAUAAUGGCCGCAUCAUAUCGUCUUGCUGACGAGGAAGUCUUCGUGAAGCUUCGCAUGUCUCACAUUCUCAGGGCUUGGACCAAGGACAUCACUACAGGCCCGGGACGAGAAGCCCUAGUGCAAGCAGCCGUCACGGUGGAUUCUGUUAUGGUCGUCGCGAAACUCCAGCUUCGUGGUGGUCAUGUGUCUAUCAUGGGGAAAUCUGGCGCGUCCUUUGAAGACUAA